AUGGAGGACGUUCGUAGUCUGAGUAUUAUAGGCCAGAGUACUUUCGACGCGGACUCCUUUGGUUAUGAUCGCUUAGGCGAGAUUGCCCAGGUUGCUGAGCGGGCGUUGUCCGUCAAUGCAAUGAAUGUCGUACGUCACGAUCUCGAUAGGCAUGUUGAGGUUAAUGACGAGUCAAGAACUUGCACCUGUAGACCCGACCCAACAACAUCCACCUCCCAUACCUCCGAGGCAUUCGCGCAGUCUCAUAUCCCCUUCACUGACGGUUCAUCCCAUCAGUCUCCACACCAUUCUCUACAGCAUUUAUCCCAUCAGUCUCCACAUCAUUCAUCCCAUCAGUCUCCACAUCAUUCUUCGCCGACCCAACAGGCGUUUUACCGUCCCAUUAUGUCUCCCCAGCACCAGCAGUCCCAUUUUGCCUUCACUCAGUUUUCCUCCCCUCAGACUUCUCAGCCUCAGUUUGGAGAUGCUUUUAUUGACUUUUCUGGGUUCCAGCAGAGUUCACUAGAUGGCCAGUCGAUACAUUACACGAGUAACUUUCUUUCGAGUAUGUUCGAGGGUGUUGCGGGUCAGCAUCAGGGUUAUCAGCGCCAUGAGGAGCAGGGAUCGAGUCAGACUCUAGGGACUCCACCGUUGGCUAUGAGUAAAGGCCAGAGAGUGACGAAGGAGCCCGAUAGAUUGACUUAUAGCCAUUUUCGGGCUAAAAAGCCCAAGAAGAAGUAG